ACUGACGGGAAAGAAAAAAGAAAGAUGAGAACAGAAUCAAUUUCCUCGUGAUGAUUUUUGUAUUUUACAUUUUGUACACACGUGAGUGACAAACGUACACAUCGUAAGGUAUAAUUUAAAGGAAAUGCUGUUAUCAAUUGUCCAUCAUUAGUUAUGCGUGAGAGAAAUAAUUGUACGUAAAUUUAACUUGCGUUCUCGGCCGCAGUCUACCUGACUCGAUCGAUGCGACUGCACGAUAGUUCUGUCUCCAUUCGGCGAUUUGCUUAGAUUAUGAGUAGUAUGCGACAAAUGUUGAACAUUUCGACGCGAUAUCAUUGAAACAUUGCAUUCGAAUGCAGUUAUAGAUUUGUUUCUGUUUGACGUGUAUUUCGAAGAUCUGAGGAUAAAGGUUAUGGUCAAGUCAUUACCGUACAGGUUAAACAAAUUUCAAAGUGAUUCCAUUUGGAAGUAACAAUUGAAAAAAAAAAUGGAUAACGUUGCAAUGGCAGAGUGUUUAACUCUUGAAUUUGGUCCUUUCGAAACUGUCCAUCGUUGGCAACGUAUGCCAGAAUGCGACGAAUUUGUUGGUGCCAGGCGUAGCAAACAUACUGUUGUAGCUUACAAAGAUGCAAUGUAUGUAUUUGGUGGUGACAAUGGUAAAAGAAUGUUGGAUGAUUUAUUAAGAUUUGAUGUGAAAGAAAAGUCCUGGGGACGUGCAUUUGCAACAGGAACACCUCCUGCUCCAAGAUAUCAUCAUUCUGCAGUUGUGCAUGACUCUUCUAUGUUUGUAUUUGGUGGUUACACUGGUGACAUACAUUCCAAUUCGAAUCUCACUAAUAAAAAUGACUUAUUUGAGUACCGAUUCCAAAAUGGCCAAUGGACAGAGUGGAAAUUUAUUGGGAAGAUUCCUGUAGCUAGAUCUGCACAUGGAGCUGCUGUCUAUGAUAACAAAUUGUGGAUAUUUGCUGGUUAUGAUGGCAAUGCAAGAUUAAAUGACAUGUGGACAAUAUCAUUAUUACCUGGAGAACCAAGAGUAUGGGAGGAGGUUGUCCAGUCUGGUGACUGUCCACCGACCUGUUGUAAUUUUCCUGUUGCAGUAGCACGUGAAUGCAUGUUUGUAUUUAGUGGCCAAAGUGGAGCUAAGAUCACAAAUAGCCUCUUUCAAUUCCAUUUUCAAGAAAAGCGUUGGACGCGAAUUUCAACGGAACACAUACUUCGUGGUGCCCCGCCUCCGCCAGCGCGACGAUAUGGUCACACCAUGGUUAGCUUUGAUAGACAUCUUUACGUGUUUGGCGGUGCAGCUGAUUCUACGUUACCCAACGAUCUUCAUUGCUACGAUCUCGAUACGCAAACAUGGAAUAUUAUUUUGCCAUCUGCUGACAGUCAAGUUCCUUCUGGUCGACUGUUUCAUGCAGCGGCAGUGAUUGGAGAAGCGAUGUUCAUUUUCGGUGGAACAGUCGACAACAAUGUCCGAUCCGGAGAGACAUAUCGAUUCCAAUUUUCAUCGUAUCCAAAAUGUACAUUGCACGAUGAUUUCGGAAGGUUGUUGAACGGACGUCUUUUCUGUGAUGUAGAAUUUAUAGUAGGCGAUACAGAAGCCAAAAUACCUGCUCACAUAGUUAUAGUAGCAGCUCGUUCACAGUUUCUUAGGUCGCGCAUUAGGAAAGCUCAAAAAAAACGAGAGAAACAUUUAGAAGAAGUAUUUGGAACUGUGGAUGUACCAAUCAAAGAUAUGCCAUUGUUAGAAGUAAGACUGAAAGAUGCUGUACCAGAGGCAUUUGAAAUGGUUCUGAAUUAUAUUUACACCGAUCGUAUUGAUCCAACAAUAAGAAGCGAAGACGGAUCAAAUAAUCAUGCUGAAGACCCAUUAAGCAAUCGAAUCGUGCUGCUUAUGAUGGAUGUUUAUCGCUUAGCUUUGCAAUUCAAUAUGAAACGAUUAGAGCAGUUAUGUGUCCAAUAUUUGAAGGCGACUAUAAGUAAUGCUAACGUUUUGAAGGCAUUGCAUAAUGCCGCUUCCUUAAAAUUACAUUUUAUAAAGGAGUUGUGCUUGAAUUUUAUCGUGAAGGAAAUUAAUUACAAUCAGAUUGUUAUGAGCAAAGAAUUCGAGACUUUGGAUCAACCUUUGAUGGUAGAAAUUAUCAGAAAAAGACAGAUACCUCAAACAGGUGUAGUUAAACACUGUGAUCUUAUUACAGGUAAAAUUCGACGAGAUAAUUCCCGAAAUAAUAAUUUUUCUGACUUGAAUUCGUGUUUUAUUGUAGGUUCAACAUUGGAAGAGGACAUGGAGGCAUUUCUUAAAAGUGUCGGCAAAGAAUUCUGUGAUAUAACGCUUAUGUUAGAUGGUGUGCCAAUUCCGGCUCAUAAGGCCAUCCUUGCCGCACGGUGUGGCUAUUUUGAGGGAAUGUUCCGAUCUUUCAUGCCUGAAAAUAAUACAGUGAACGUACAAAUUGGUGAAAUGGUUCCAUCUUCCGAGUCAUUCGACUCUCUGUUAAGGUAUAUUUAUUACGCGGACGUUUCAAUGCCACCUGAAGACUCGUUAUACUUAUUUACCGCACCAGUUUUUUAUGGUUUUACGAAUAAUCGAUUGCAAGCGUUUUGCAAGCAGAAUCUCGAGAUGAAUGUCACGUUUGAAAACGUUAUACAGAUCUUAGAAGCUGCGGAUAGAAUGCAAGCUGUUGAUAUGAAGAAAUAUGCGUUGAAUCUCAUUGUGCAUCAUUUUACGAAGGUUGCGAGGCUACCAAGGUUAAAGCAAUUAAGUCGCGAACUUUUAUUGGAUAUUUUGGAAGCAUUAGCUGACGAACGCAGCGAGGCACGAACAUGUCAGGACAUGGCGAAUGAUUGCUGACGGAUCUCGAGCUCGCACCGUUGUCCCCAUAGUUGGGACUUGUCUUCGCCCUCGAGCUUUCAAGUAAGUGUGCAAUACAGCAUUCUAACAACAUUCAACAUCUUUUACCUUCUGGGUUAUGGAUACAUAGUAGAUGAGUGUCUGAAAAAUCUGAAAUAUCGUGCGCGUAUGUAAAUGCAGAAGUUGAAUACUACCUAAGCUAGUAUCAAAGAUUGUGAUCUCUUUAGAGUAUUUAAUUUAUUUGUAUAUAAAGUAUAUGAUUUGUUGAAAAUCUCUUGUAAAAGAAAACAUUAAAUAAAAAAAUAUUUGUUGGAUCGCUUAAACUCACCAGUGUAACAUUUACUUUAUUCAACGAGUAUGAAAGAUGAUUAAUAAAAAGAUUUCUUUCAGUUGUCAAUUUGUUAAUAUCACCUUUAAGAAUUAAUUUAAGAUUUUGAUAGAUACUAGAUUUAAUAAAUUAUUAAUAAAUAAAGGAAUAUUAGGUAUUGGAUAUUGGAUAUUAAAUGAAACAUGAUUAAUAAAUUAUGUAUUAUAUUUUGACUUUGAUCGUGAAUGAUCGUACAUACACGCACAAUCAAUUUUUUUUAAUGAUAAAUUUAACACUUUAAGCUUAAUACAAGCUGCGCAAAUUUUGGGAAGGGGAGGAUUUGAAAGAAACAUUAUGUAAAGGAGCUCGUAUAAAAUCAUUGCUCUUGUUUUCUCUCUACAUAUUGUUGUCUCUAGUUAGGUGACAUUCGUCGACAGCCCGACACUUUAGUUCAGUCUCUUGAACAAAAUAUUGCGAAAUAGAAUUUGUACUUAAAGUAAACAUGUCUUUCGCUCUCGUUUCGUGCUUCCCAUAAUCGUGUGUCAAUCGAAGCUUGUACGAGAGAUUAACUUGUUCUUUUUUUUUUCUUUUUUGUUUUCUCUACGUAAAAUGUGAUUUUUCUCUACGUGUGUGUUCUUUUUUUUUUCUAAAUGUUCUGUUUUUUUAUAUCGUUAAUUCACAAAAUUCGAACUCGUUUAGUUUAAAAUUGUUGCUCUAAAGGCGUCUUACUCCAACUAUUAAUAGUCAUCUAAACUUAAAUCACGAUAAAUAGUUGUAAUAUUAAUUACGCUAGGUAGGCCUUUUUUUUGUUCGUCGCUUAGAAUUCUAAAUGAACUAGAGUAAUAUUGAAACGUGGCCAUCUCAACCCGCCACAACGAGUUCAUUACAAAAUGAGAUCUAAAAGUUACACAGCUAGAAUCAAAUUAGUUACAAUGAUACGGUCGUGGUACAAACUUCACGUUGAUUUCGAAUGGCCCCAAUCUGAAAGCAUUUAGCAAUUAAUUUCAUAUAAUUUAUUAUCUUCUUCUUUUUUAUGUUUCUCGUUUCACAAAAAUGACUGGAAUAUUCUGAGUACUCACCGAUUAUAAAAUUGCUCGAUUCAUAUUGUAGGCACAGGGAGUACGAGACGUUCACCUAUUCAAGUUGAAUCCAUUCUCAAUUGUUUAAACCCUUUUUUCUGAUCCUGCAUGAAAGUGUGUGCAGCACUUGCAUACAGACAACAGAAAGUAACAUCUUGUUUCUAAACACGACGUAUCACGUACACCCUCAUCAAAUGCAGAUGGUCCGUAGCAAUUUAUCUUUUCGGCAGGUUACACUUGUAUCCCAGUUCUAGUCAUUUCUAAGAGAAAACAAGAUAUAUGCAUCUCCAAGUUCUUCGUUUUAAAAAAGAAAGUCGAAAUACAAGGUGUUCUAUGAUGUUUUUUUCUUUCAAAUUGAAAAUCUGGGACGUUCUUCUGCUCUACAUAAAAUCAAA